AUGGGUGUCUCCAAGUGGUUGCCGGUCCAGACCUACAGGAUGCAUUUCCCUCUGUUUGGUAUCCUCAUACUCGUCACCCUCGCAGCGGCUGUCCAUGGUGCCACUCUCAAUGACGUUUGUACCGUCUCUUACGUCAAGGCACAUCUCCCGCCGCCGGGGUUCUACCAGGGCGUCACCAUCAGUCCCUCGUCGGUGACGGCAAACCCGGUGACCAACGUCCAGGUGGUGGACAACGACUUCUACCCGGACGCCGUCUUCGACUACUGUAACGUCAGCUUCACGUAUUCCCACGACGGUCUGGACGACCAAGUCCUCCUGACCUACUGGCUCCCGGCGCCCGCCAAGUUCCAAAAUCGCUUCCUGGCCACGGGCGGCGGCGGCUAUGCCAUCAACUCGGGCAACCAGUCCCUUCCCGGCGGCAUCAUCUACGGGGCUGUCGCGGGCAUGACCGACGCCGGGUUCGGUGCGGCCCAGAGCAACACCAUCACCCAGUGGCUCGCGGCCAACGGCACCCUGAACUGGCACAACAUCUACAUGUUCGGCUACCAGGGCAUCCGCGAGAUGAGCCAGCUGGGCAAGGCGUUCACCAGGAGCUUCUUCAACAUGACCCAGACCGACGACAACAAUGCCACCACCACCACCCUGUACACGUACUGGCAGGGCUGUUCCGAGGGCGGUCGCGAAGGGUGGAGCCAGGUCCAGCGCUACGCCGACUCGUUCGACGGCGCCAUCAUCGGCGCCCCGGCCUUCCGCUGGUCCUUCCAGCAGACCCAGCUCCUGUACCCGGACGUGGUCGAGCAGACCAUGGGCUACUACCCGUCGCCGUGCGAGCUGCAGAAGAUCGUCAACGAGACCAUCAUGCAGUGCGACCCGCUAGACGGGAAGGCCGACGGCGUCGUGGCCCGCACCGACCUGUGCUACAUGAACUACAACAUCUCUGCCAUCGAAGGCCAGCCGUACCACUGUCCCGCGACCCCGGCAUCCCCGGCCACCGGCCCCGCGACGCCCGCCCAACAAGGCAACGUCACGAAACAGGCCAUCGCCGUGGCGCAGAAGAUCCUCGAGGGCCUCCACGACUCGCAGGGCCGGCGGGUGUACUUUGCGCCGACGCCGAGCGCGCAGUUCACCGAGGCGCAGACCGGGUGGAACGCGACGGCCAACCAGUGGGGGCUGUCGGUGAUCAGCCUGGGCGGCGUGUUCGUCGAGGUGGAGCUGGACAUGCUCAAUGGCACCAACGUGCCCAACCUCGACGGCGUCACCUACGACACGCUGAAGGGCUGGAUCGUCGAGGGCAUGCAGCGGUUCCAGGGCGUGCUGGAGACCACGUGGCCGGACCUGACGGCGUACCGCGACGCGGGCGGGAAAGUGCUCAUGUUCCACGGCGAGUCGGACUGGGGGAUCCCGACGGCGUCGUCGGUGCGGUACUGGGAGUCGGUGCGGCGGACCAUGAGCUCCGGCUCCCACAACCAGAGCUACAACGCGUCGGCCGCCGCGCUCAACGACUUCUUCCGCCUCUUCCUCGUCCCCGGCGCCACCCACUGCGCCGCCAACCCGGCCGAGCCCAACGGGCCGUUCCCGCAGACCAACCUGGCCGUGAUGAUCGACUGGGUCGAACGGGGCGUCGUGCCCACCACCCUGAACGCCACCGUGCUCCAGGGGCCCCACAAGGGCCAGAACCAGCAGAUCUGCGCCUGGCCGCUGCGCCCCGUGUGGUCGUCCUCCGCGACGAAUGCCACGAGCCCGGAUUGCCGCUAUGACCAGAAGAGCGUGGAUUACUGGAAUUACGACCUCGACGCCUUCAACGUGCCCAUCUAUUAG